CGGGACUUCAGGGACAGUACGUUACAAUGCCUGACAAAUCCUAGCCAGUGCUAUCAAAUUAUAUGUCUCUUACAGGUUUUUAAGCUAUUAGUCCCAUAAAGAUACAUUUAAUCAGCGAGGUAAUGGCAAGAUGAGUGUUUUUAGGUUAAAAUAAGAACUGGAACUGUUGGCAGCAGAAUGGCGAUAUUCAAGACAGCUCGCACAAGAAGAGGCGGGUCCUACGCGCCUCGCUAGGGAAUCCCGGGUCAGCUCGCCGCGCAGGCGCAGUGAGUUCGACUCGCCAUGCCGACUGUCAGCGUGAAGCGUGAUCUGCUCUUCCAAGCCCUGGGCCGCACCUACACUGACGAAGAAUUUGACGAACUAUGUUUUGAAUUUGGUCUGGAACUUGAUGAAAUUACAUCUGAGAAGGAAAUAAUAAGUAAAGAACAAGGUAAUGUAAAGGCAGCAGGAGCCUCUGAUGUUGUUCUUUACAAAAUUGACGUCCCUGCCAAUAGAUAUGAUCUCCUGUGUCUGGAAGGAUUGGUUCGAGGACUUCAGGUCUUCAAAGAAAGGAUAAAGGCUCCAGUGUAUAAACGGGUAAUGCCUGAUGGAAAAAUCCAGAAAUUGAUUAUCACAGAAGAGACAGCUAAGAUACGUCCUUUUGCGGUAGCAGCAGUUCUCCGUAAUAUAAAGUUUACUAAAGAUCGAUAUGAUAGCUUCAUUGAACUUCAGGAAAAAUUACAUCAGAAUAUUUGCAGGAAAAGAGCAUUGGUUGCUAUUGGCACCCAUGAUUUGGACACUUUGUCAGGCCCAUUUACUUAUACUGCAAAGCGUCCUUCAGAUAUUAAGUUCAAGCCUCUAAAUAAGACCAAGGAGUAUACAGCCUGUGAACUGAUGAACAUAUACAAGACUGAUAAUCACCUUAAACAUUAUUUACAUAUCAUUGAAAACAAACCCCUGUAUCCAGUUAUCUAUGAUAGCAAUGGUGUCGUCCUUUCAAUGCCUCCCAUCAUCAAUGGGGAUCAUUCCAGAAUAACAGUAAAUACUAGAAAUAUUUUUAUUGAAUGCACGGGAACUGACUUUACUAAGGCAAAAAUAGUUCUUGAUAUUAUUGUCACCAUGUUCAGUGAAUACUGUGAGAAUCAAUUUACGGUCGAAGCUGCUGAGGUGGUUUUUCCUAAUGGAAAAUCAUAUACCUUUCCAGAAUUAGCUUACCGAAAGGAGAUGGUGAGAGCUGACCUCAUUAACAAAAAAGUUGGAAUCAGAGAAACUCCAGAAAAUCUUGCCAAACUUCUGACAAGGAUGUAUUUAAAAUCAGAAGUCAUAGGUGACGGGAAUCAGAUUGAGAUUGAAAUCCCUCCAACCAGAGCUGACAUUAUCCAUGCAUGUGAUAUUGUAGAAGAUGCAGCUAUUGCUUAUGGAUAUAACAACAUUCAGAUGACUCUCCCGAAAACUUACACCAUAGCUAAUCAAUUUCCUCUUAAUAAGCUCACUGAACUUCUCAGAUAUGACAUGGCAGCCGCUGGCUUCACUGAAGUGCUUACCUUUGCCCUGUGCUCCCAAGAAGAUAUAGCUGAUAAACUUGGUUUGGAUAUCUCUGCAACAAAGGCAGUCCACAUAAGUAAUCCUAAAACAGCUGAAUUUCAGGUGGCACGCACUACCCUUCUUCCUGGCCUCCUGAAGACCAUAGCAGCAAAUCGUAAGAUGCCCCUUCCUCUGAAACUGUUUGAAAUCUCCGACAUUGUAAUAAAAGAUUCUAAUACAGAUGUAGGCGCAAAAAACUACCGGCAUCUCUGUGCUGUUUAUUACAACAAGAAUCCUGGGUUUGAGAUCAUUCAUGGGCUGCUGGACAGAAUUAUGCAGUUGCUCGAUGUGCCUCCUGGUGAAGACAAGGGGGGAUAUGUGAUCAAAGCAUCGGAAGGGCCUGCUUUCUUCCCCGGGCGAUGUGCAGAGAUCUUUGCCAGGGGUCAAAGUGUUGGGAAGCUUGGGGUCCUUCAUCCUGACGUUAUCACCAAGUUUGAGCUGACCAUGCCCUGCUCCUCGCUAGAAAUCAAUAUUGGACCCUUUUUGUGAAGAUUGGUCUCUGUGGUGUGAUUCUCUUCCCAAGUGUCCCUUUCUCCUCCCCCGGUGUCCUUUAGUCUUCCUCCACGGGGAACAUCUAUUCGGGCUUUAAUGUUUAAUAAAGUAGAAAGCACUGUCUGGCUGUGUGGGUAGAGACCACCCUUUCCCUGCAUUAGACCAGCUUGUGCCAUAUGCGAAUGUGUCUGUGUGAAGCUGCAUUGUUGGGUAAAAGCCCUGUGGAGUGCCAGAGAAAUGCACUGGCAGAGUGCAGGAUCUGUUCUGAAAGGCAGAUGUGCUCCUCAGACAUCAGAGCAUCACAUUGGAGCGGAUUACUCCUGCAUAGCAAGAUUCCAUUUCUUUCUUUAUUGAUAAAACAAGAUAAUUGAUGAGAGUUCAUGUUGCGUGAGUUUGAGAUAACUGAGGGGUUUAGCUUUGAUUUUCUACAUUUGACAUGUAUUCAUCAUUGAGAAACACUAAAAUAACGAUAUUUUUAGAAAACGUUUAAGAAUCAAUUAUGGUCCAACAAUUAUAGCUUCUGAGAUCAGUUUAAAGUGAAAGAAAAUUCUGUAAUACAAGGAUUCAAAAUAUGUGAGGGUGCACAGGUAUUUUUUACUCUGUGAUACUCUAAGAUGGAGUACAUGCAACGAAGAUCUGUUCUGCUGUAAGAGUUAAAAUGGACAAGUAUUGGUAUCAAUGCAUUAUGAACAUUAGGAAACAAUGAGAAGCUUAUUUUUGCCAUAGGCCAUACGUGUUACUGUAAUCAGUCAGUUAUAAAAUCAUGGUUUUAAAUACUUAAUUGAGAUACUAGUUUCUCUCUUAUAGGGAGAUAUUAGGCCUCUUUUUUCCUGAAGCUAAGCUUCAGCCAAUCCUCCUUAUUUUAUAUCCCAAUUUCCUUUCUUACUUCAAUCUAGAAUUCUCCAGUAGGUACCAUCUCUGAAAAAAAGCUGGGUCUAAUGUUUGAGAGAAGUUCCCAGGUACUAUUGAAGUAAUAAGAAAUAUGAUAAAAUGUAAUACUUUAGAGUCCCAGUAGAAAUAGCUAACAAAGACCGGGCGUGCUGCAGCUCAUGCCUGUAAUCCUGGCACUUUGGGAGACUGAGGUGGGCAGAUCACUUGAGGCCAAUAGUUCGAGAUCAGCCUGACCAACAUGACGAAAUGCCAUUUCUACUAAAAAUAUAAAAAUUAGCAAGGCAUGGUGGUGUGAGCCUGCAGUCCCAGCUACUUGGGAGACUGAGUCAGGAAAAUCUCUUGAACCGGGAGGUGGAUGUUGCAGUGAGCCGAGAUUGUGCCACUGCCCUCCAGCCUGGGUGACACAGUGAGAUUCAGUCUACAAAAAAAGAUAUAGCUAACAAAGAUAGUGAAAUAAGAAUUAUGUUUAUGGAUCUUUUGCUGAAUCUACUACUAGGAGAAAACCCAACCAUAUUACAACCUUGAAUUGGGGCAGUAGUGUCUAACUUGCAAGAUUUGUGAAUACACAGACUUCCAUCUGAUCCUUCACAGCUCUGUUGUGAGCAGAUCCUUACAACAUUUUAAAAAUGAAAUAUGCCCUUUAAAAAUAAUGCGUGCCAAAAGGACUUGUAUCCAGCAUGCAUGAAGAUUUCUUAAAACUUAAUAAUAAAAAUAAAACAACCGUUUUUUUAAAAUGUGCAAGAGUUGAACAAACAUUUCCCCAAAGAAGAUAUAUGAAUGGCCAGUGAGCACUUGAAAAGAUCCUCAAUGUCAUUAGUCAUCAGGGAAAUGCAAAUAAAAUCCACAAUGAUAAACUGCAUACCCAUUAAAAUGGCUAAAAUUUAAGACCCAUAAAUCAAAUAUUGCUGAGACUGGAGCAAGUGGAACUUUUCAUGCACUGCUGGUGAGUCAUAAUGUAAAAUGUUACAUUGUGACUUUAGAAAAUAGCUUGGCAGUCUCUUGAAACAUACACCUACCAUCUAGCCAUUCUAUUCCUAGGUUUACCCAUAUGGCCAAAGAUUUUUAUGCGAGUGUUCACAGUGUUACUUACAGUAGUUACAAAUUGCAGUCUAUCCAUACUAUGGAAUACUUCUCAGCAAUAAGAAGGAAUGAACUACUGAUCCUCAAAACAACAUGAAUGAAUUUCAAAACAGUAUGCUAAGUGAAAGCAAGAGACACAAAAAACUCUUUAAUUCUAUUUACAUAGGAGUCUAAAUAAGCCAAAAGCAGGUUGGUUGGCAGGAGCUCAGGAAAGAGCACUGACUGCAGUGGGUUAAGAGGAAACUUUUUGGGUGAUGGAAAUUUUAUCUUAAUUGAGGUGGUACGUGUACUUCAGGUGUAGGUUAUACCUUCGUAAAGCUGGGAGAAAAAGAAUGUAAUGUAACAUGUAGUAUUUUACUAAUUUUAACUACAUAACACCAGUUGAUAAAUGGCUAGAGAAAUAGCCUGAACUGUAGAAUUGGCAGUUCUGUUCAGGAUGGCUCACUGGUCCACAACUAUUAAUGAUAUAUUCUCCUUUAGUUUCAGGUUCGCUCUAGUUAAAAUCAUGGCUUAGGGAUCAUCAUAUGAUAGCCAUUGUUGAAGUAGGUGGAACCAUUUGUUCUGUCAGCAGCUACCCACCUGGAUAUUUUUGGGGGUGGCCAAAAUUACUUGUAAUGAAAAACCCACUAAUGCCUAAUUGUAUAUAAUUGUAUAUCCCAGCCUGAAAGGGGAAAGAUCAACUCCAUGCAUCAUGUAGAUGUUUCUGCCUUUGGAAGCAGGAAAUGGUAGGAAGAAAAACAGCGUCGGCCGCGUUGGAAGAAGCGAACCUUCAGCUCACGAGUCGAGGCUCUGCAGCCAGAUCCUCUUAUGCUUGUCCCUGGUGAAGCAUUUGAACUGGAGCCAGGGCAGUCUGUGAGUACUGCCAAAAGCCUUUAUUACAGAAGAUGCACACCUUCUUAGUAAAAACUGGGAGCUGUAGUAUUAAAGUGAAAAUUAAAUGGAAUUGAUUUUUGUUCUAGCUUAGAAACUUAAAUUCUACCACUACAGCCACUACAGCCUGACAGUCCUGCAGUGCUCUUCUGGUUUUUGUUUGUUUGUUUGUUUAGACGGAGUCUUGCUUUGUCACCCAGGCUGGAGCGCAGUGGGGCGAUCUUGGCCCACUGCAGCCUCCACCUCCUGGUGGAGGUGUUCUCCUGCCUCAGCUUCCCGAGUAGCUAGGACUACAGGCGUGCACCACCAUGCCUGGAUAAUGUUUGUAUUUUUAGUAGAGAUAGGGUUUCACCAUGUUGACUAGGCUGGUCUCGAACUUCUGACUUUAGGCAAUCUGCCCACCGGUGCCUCCCAAAGUGCUGGGAUUACAGGCGCCUGGCCUGCUCUUCUGUUUUUAUUUUUGAAUUGCUUUUCUUUCACAUUUUAAUUUUUUUGGUUUAAUAAUGGUAUGAGAGUAGGAAUUCUCCCUGAUAUGUAGGGUGAAAACAGUUGAGUUUCAGAGAGAUCAAUAACUUACUUAGAAGUCGCAUAGCCAAUAAAUGAGUUUGAGACACUAUGUAAGAGUGACUUGGAGUCUACAGCCCACUCGCUGAUUUGCAUUAUUUAUUUAUGCAAAAGUAAAUAAUGGGACUUUCUACACUUAAUAUAAAAAUAAUAGAAAACAAAAAGUUAAAACUUGUUAAGUCCAAUACUUUAAAAAACCUGUUCAAACUAUGGUCUUCCUGAGCUAAUCUACCUUUCUUCCUUCUGAUUCCCUAAAGUAACUAAUCACUCUUAACAAUUUAGCCUGUAUUGUUUCCUUAGUUUGGACAUUUUCCUUGAUUUGUACAGUCAGCCACACACACCUGCUCCCGUUUUUUGGGGGGUUAUGCUCUACAUACUGGUUUGCAACAAGUUUUGUUUUUUAUUUUAUAUAUCUCUCAUGACAUUUUACUUAAUAUGUCCCAUUUUUUCAGGUCAGUGCCUAUAGACCUAUCUCAUUCUUUUAAAUGAGGUAAUAUUCUAUUGUACAGAUGUCCAUAAUAGUUCAGUUAUUCCCCUGUUGGUGGACAUUCAGUCGUUUCCAACUGUUUGAAAUUAUAAACACUGCUCCAAUGAACCCCCCAUCCUGCAAAAUAGCACGGCUUAGGGCCCCAAGGAAAACCAGUCCUAAUGGGUGCAAGACUGUAUAAAUAUUCACAUUUGACAGACACAUUCAGAGAUGCGUAGAGUUCAUUAGAUAUUUCUUUGAUGUGACGUUUGUACUUGAACAAUAUAUUAUUCCAGCACCUUACAUCUUAGAUGUAGGAGUCUCUGGGUCAAAAGAUGUGUUUUGAAUGUAAAACAUGUUGAAUGAUUAUUCUCACAUUUUAAACAGGAGUAAUCUACUACAAACUAGCCAGCCUAACCACUGCCCCUGCUCUCAGCAAUGAUGGGCGCAUCAGCUUGGUGAGAGAGAACAUUGUUCACAAUCUUGCUUCUCAAUCUUAAUCUGUUUGUGCUUGAUGUUUUCUGUAACAUCACUAACCCUAAUACUUGAGUAUUGACUUUGGCCCUUCUGUCCAUUUUAUCCAAAAGCAGAAAGAUAGCCUUCAAGGGACACCAUUGCCUUAAGCAGAAUAUGCUAUCCAACUUCUAGCUUGUUAUGUUAUUAGGGCCUUGAAUAACUUUUAUAUUAUUAUGGACUGAAUGUAUCCCCACAAAUUCAUGUUGACCCUCUGACCUCCAGUGUGAUGGUCUUUGGAGAUGAGGCCUUUGGCAGGUGAUUAGAGCUAGAUGAGGUCAUGAGAGGGGGGCCCUCAUGACCAGCUCAGUGGCCUGAUAAGAAACAUCAGAGAGCUUGCCCUGUUUCUCUGCCUACCUGGCGCACACAUACAGGAGAGGUGACGUGACCACACAGCAACAUGGUGGCCACUGGCAAGCUAGAAGAGGGAUCAGAAUGAAACCUAUUUUGCUGGCACCUUGAUCUUGGACUUCCAGCCUCCAGAACUGUGAGAAAUAAAAUUCUUUUAUUGAAA